AUGCCGUCGAAACCAUUCUCUGUUUUUUCGUCCUUUCUGCUCCUCGUUGCUACCGUCCAGGGUCAACUAUCGGGCUCCGUCGGUCCCUCUACCUCCCAUUCGGACAAGGCAGCAGUGAAGACCUGUAACGUCCUUGACUAUGGCGCGACCAAUGACAACACAACCGAUGUUGGGCAACCCAUCAUGGAUGCCUUCGAGGACUGUGGAUCCGGGGGCGUCAUAUACAUCCCAGAGGGAGACUAUCUGCUGCAAGAAUGGGUUUCUCUCGAAAAUGGCACCGCUUUCGCAAUCCAGUUAGACGGGGUGAUCUACCGAAACGGAACCACGACCUCUCAAGGGUAUAUGUUUGGUAUCUCUGGCGGCAGUGACUUUGAACUGUAUAGUAGUACGUCGAAGGGAGCAAUCCAAGGUAGUGGAUAUCUGUAUCACAUGAACGGACAGUUUACGGCACCAAGAUUGCUUCAUAUAUCUGGAGUGUCGGAUUGGUCGGUUCACGAUAUCGCUUUGGUUGACGCACCUAUGUUCCAUUUCGUCAUUGAUGAUGGAAGCAAUGGGGAGGUUUAUAACAUGGCUAUUCGCGGAGGGAACUCUGGUGGUCUCGAUGGAAUUGAUGUGUCUGGGGAUAAUAUUUGGAUUCAUGAUGUCAUGGUGACAAACAAGGACGAAUGUGUCACGGUCAAGACUGGCUCCCACAACUUCCAGAUCGAAAACAUAUACUGCAAUUGGAGUGGUGGGUGUGCUAUGGGCUCGUUAGGUAGCGGAACGAAUGUCAGCAACAUUGUCUACCGCAAUGUUUAUACAUGGAACUCGAAUCAGAUGUACAUGAUUAAGAGCAAUGGCGGCGACGGCGAAGUGUCGAAUGUUCUGUUUGAAAACUUCAUUGGACACGGAAAUGCCUACUCGCUCGACCUUGACAGUGAGUGGAGCAGCAUGGAUACCAUUGACGGUGACGGGAUCUUCUAUCAUAACAUAACAUUUAAGAACUGGAAGGGUACUGAGUCAGAUGGCCAAACACGACCACCAAUUCGGGUCAUCUGCCCAGACGCCACACCCUGCACAGAUAUCACCAUUGAGGACGUCGACCUCUGGACAGAAGACGGGGACUCUGAGACCUAUGUCUGUAAAAAUGCAUAUGGUUCCGGUGCGUGCAUCAAGAGUGAUUCUUCUUCCACGGCUACAUACGCAAGUACAGCUACGGUGACCGCUGCACCUACUGGCUAUUCAGCCACGACUAUGGCAGCGGACUUGACAAGUGCUUUCGGAACUGAUGCCUCUAUCCCCAUCCCAACUAUUCCGACUUCGUUUUACCCUGGAGCAACGCCAUACAGUGCCCUCGCGGGUAGUUCGUAA